GGCCGGCUCGGGACAUGCCUCGUAAGAGGCCGUUCAGCGCCAAGCAGAAGAAGAAGCAGCUGCAGGACAAGAGGGACCGGAAGCGGGGUCUCCACGAUGGCGUGAGGUCCAGCUCAAAUAGCCGGAGUGGCAGGCCUGACCCGGCGGGGGCCAGCCAUGACCGGCAUGAUGAUCACACGGACACAUCAGACAGCGAGUCCCUGUCCCUGCAGGUCCGCAGGAUCAACCAGCAGCCCCAGGUCCGCAAGCCGGGGGAGCGAGGCUAUGACUCCAACAGGUACCGCAUACACUUUGAGCGAGAGAGUCGUGAGGAGGUAGAACGGCGGAAGAAGGUGGCACAGGAAAAGAUCCUGGAGCCCGUCCCGGAGACUAGCCUGGAGCUGGACAUCGAGGACAUCUACAAAUCUGGUUCUGUACUAGAUUUCCCCAAGCGCCCCCCCUGGAACUACCAAAUGACCAAGGAGCAGCUCCUGGCACGGGAGGAGAAGUGUUUCCGGGAUUAUCUGGAGGGAAUUUACAGCACCUACCAGCCCAGCCAGCUCAGCUACUUUGAGCACAACCUGGAGACAUGGCGCCAGCUGUGGCGGGUACUGGAGAUGUCAGACAUUGUCCUCCUUAUCACGGACAUCCGGCAUCCAGUCAUUAACUUCUCCCCUGUGCUGUAUAAUUUUGUGACCAAGGAGAUGAAGAAGCACCUGGUCCUGGUGCUGAACAAGAUUGACCUGGCACCACCAGCACUGGUGGUAGCCUGGAAGCACUACUUCACGGCCUGUUUCCCUGAGGUGCACGUGGUCUGCUUCACCUCCUACCCCCAACAUGACCAGGACCCAAGUGCUGUGUUUAAGAAGCGGCGAAAACGGCGAAAAGCCUGGAGCACUGCCAUGGGACCAGCACAGCUGCUGUCAGCCUGUGAGACUAUCACUGCUGGGAAAGUGGACCUGAGUAGCUGGAAGGAGAAGAUUGAACGGGAUGCAGUGAGUGCCUGCCUGCCUGCAGAGGACUCCGAUGAAGAAGAGGAGGAGGAUGAGGGGGCAGCUGUGGUAGUGGAGCACCAGACUGACGUGGCCAUGGAGGCUGGGGCCCCUUGUGAGGAACUAUACAAAGAUGGUGUCCUGACUGUGGGCUGUGUUGGUUUCCCCAACGUGGGGAAGUCUUCACUGAUGAACGGGCUGGUGGGGCGCAAGGUGGUGAGUGUGUCACGGACGCCCGGGCACACCAAGUACUUUCAGACCUACUUCCUCACCCCCACUGUGCGGCUUUGUGACUGCCCUGGCCUUAUCUUCCCCUCCCUGGUGGACAGGCAGCUUCAGAUCCUCUCUGGCAUCUACCCCAUCUCCCAAAUCCAGGACCCUUACACUGCAGUAGGUUACCUGGCUGCCCGCAUCCCCAUCCAGACCCUGCUCAAACUGCGCCACCCGGAUUGUGAGGGUAAUCAACUCAAGACCCAGUGGUGUGCAUGGGACAUCUGUGAAGCUUGGGCUGAGAAGCGUGGCUACAAGACAGCCAAGGCAGCACGUAAUGACGUGUACCGAGCUGCCAACAGCAUCCUGCGUCUGGCAGCAGAUGGACGUCUCUGCCUCUGCCUGCGGCCCCCAGGCUACUCCACUCAGAAAGCCACCUGGGAGCAGCACCCUGAAACAGCAGAGAUCAGUGCCCUGCAGAAGGCACAUCACAGCAAUGGCCAACACAGCUCUGGUGAGGAAGAGGAGGAGGAAGAGGAGAUCUCCAGCUCUGGGGAAGAGGAGGAUGAGGAGAAGGACCGGGAUGCUGAUGAAGAGGAAGAGGAGGAGGAUCCAGCUGUCCCCAGUGGAGUUAGGACCAGCACCCCAGGCCAGCCUCAGCCCAGGAAGGUGCCUAAGGCAAAACUCGCCUCCAGAAAUGCCUUUGCUUUGUUGGGAGAGGACGAGUGUUAGUGGCUCUCCCUAACGCUGGACACAUUGAGAAAUGGGGAGGAGGCUGGGCCCAGCCCCAGCCCCACAGUCAUUCCCGUGUUAUAUAGCCACUGUGUAUAUGAAUAAAGGUGACAUUUAUU